AUGGAGGUGGGUUUCUCCUGGCAGGGCGCCCCUGUACAGAGUGGUUCUUCAUUCCAGAUAACAACCACAGCCGUGCCUUUUGCCCUUGAGCAUUCUCAGACAGUUCAUCAUGGAGGAGCUGGGCAGUCUAUUGGAAAGGCCACCCAGAGUAGUACUGUUCCAGGCAGGUCAUGGGCCAGGCUCAGAGCCCUGCUACAAAGUGCUGACAAGACGGUAACCCUGCUGGAGCUUGUGAAUGGCCUAGCGGUCUCUCCGAGAGUGAAACCAACUGACACUCCUUUCCUUGACUUUAUCCUCCUCUAUUUUGUGCCUUUCUCUCUCCUUCUGAACCAGUUCUGCUCCAAUCGAGACAAGGGUUGGAACUGUGUCUUUCGUUGGAAUUUCAUGGAGCACACCGAGGUCUCAGGGACUCUGUAUGGGACCAGCAAAGCGGCCGUGCCGGCGGUGCAAGCCGUGAACCACAUCUGUGACGUGGUCCUGCAGGGCGUGCGCAAUAUCGGGAAGACGGACCUGCGGCCCACCUGCAUCUUCCUGCGGUCGCCCUCGCUGGACCGCCUGGAGCAGCGGAACACAGACACAGAGCAGAGCCUGGCCGCCGCCCGGGCCGACCUGAAACUGGAGAGCAGCAAGGAGCCCGGCCUGUUUGACCUGAUCAUGGGCAACGACAGCCUGGACAAGGCCUACUGGGCCCUGAAGGAGGCGCUCUCCGACGAAAUGGAGAAGGCUCAAGGAACUGGUCCCUCCUGA